CGGCGAGCUCGACCUCAUCGUCUCUAGCGAUUCUAAUACUCUUCAUCCUUCCCUAAGAAAACCACCACUUACAUUCCCACAAUAACGAGACUACCCCAAGACAUAUUGCUGUAGAAUGUGCAUCAUCCUCUGUCGUACACCGCAGGACCUCGAAGCCUCGACCUCUCCCUACGCCCUAAUCCUGGCAGCCAACCGGGACGAAUACAUCGCGAGGCCUACGCUCGGUGCGACUUGGCAUCACUUUGAACCCCUCAACGGCCCUUCCGAUACUGAUAAGGCUCCUCCACCAACCCAUUGUCUGUCGGGAAGAGACGCUCAGGACCCUGUUGGAGGGACUUGGUUCGGCUUGUCCAUCCCCAACAUCCCGCAAACCAGCUCGGACUCUGCAUCGGGACGCAGGAAGGUCCUAAGGAUAGGCGCAUUGACCAACAUUCACGAUGACAUCCCUCUCGACCCCGGUCCGGCCGGUAAACGCAGUAGAGGAGGGAUCUUGAAAGACUACCUCCACUUAUCGAAUGACGAGAAGACAGGAGAAUACUUGGAGAGCUUGAGGAGGGAGAAGAGACGAUACGACGGGUUCGGGUUGGGUCUCUUUGACGUAACCGUUCACCCUGCUUCCGAUGGAACGGAUCAGAGGAUCGAGGUGACCUCCUCGUACUAUUCCAACAGGCUCCCUGAAUCGUCAGAAGCUUCGAUGUCUUCCUCGAGGACGCCCUUCGAGAUCGACGAGCGGACGACAUCAGGAACAUGGGGAAUGUCAAACAGUCUGCUUUCUCAGCCGUUGGAUAAGGUCAAAGAAGGCAACCGGUUACUCUCCGAAGUGCUGAGCCGGUCAGCUUUUUCCUCCCAGACUGACCUGAUUGAAGACCUCUUCGCCAUUCUCCGCACCGACCACGGCCCGAUAAUGUCCAUGCAAGAACUACACCAAUCCAUCUUCAUCCCUCUCCUCCAGAUGCCUUCAGGCGGACCGCUACCCGCUCAACCGAAUGUUGAUGCGGGUCCGUCUUCCGAAGCUCCCGAAUCGACAGGAGAGGGCAGAGCGUACGGGACGAGAUUGUCCACGGUGGUUCUGGUCGGGAAGGACGGAUCAGUCGUCUUUAUCGAACGAGACCGGGCCGGGAUUGACGAGGGGGAGGCGAAGGAGAGGAAAUUCGAGUUCAGGCUAUGAUGAACGCGGCAGAAGUUCCAGAAGCCUGGGAUAGGCCCGAUGAUGGAGUCUGGGGGAGGGCGAUCUCGAGAGUCCUCCUGGGGCAGGCUCGAGGAUAAGCCGAUUUCGACUUGAA